CAUGUUCAUUACAUAAUUUAGACCUAACUAAAAAAUGGACAUACAAGCAUCAAUUAACAACUUUGCUGGGCUAUUAUACAAGGCUAUCUCAUCAUCUAAUACGUCCAAAAAUAUGUUUUUCUCACCGGCCAGUAUUUUUGCAGCAGUAUCAAUGACAUAUUGUGGGUCACGACGGACAACAGCUGAGCAGAUAAAAAAUGCUUUAGGAGUUUCAGACAAUCCAGAUAGCAUUGCAUUCCAUGAAAGUGUUUGUAAGAUUUGGGAAAAUUUACACCAGUCUGAAGAAGUUGGCUUCGAGAUGGCCAAUUGUAUGUGGGUAGAAUCAAGCUACCCAACGGAAAACAUAUUUCAGGAUAUCCUCCUUAAUUAUUACAAGGCAGAUGCCACUUUGGUGGAUUUUAUAGAAAAUCCUGAAAAUUCACGGAAAUUGAUAAAUGAUUGGAUUGAACAGAAAACGCAUGGGAAGAUCACCAACCUGCUGGUUGAAGGGACUGUGUCUGCCCUGACACGUUUAGUUAUUACAAAUGCAAUUUAUUUUAAAGGAAAUUGGGUGUCAGAAUUUAAAAAAGGCCAUACUAGAGGAAUGGACUUUCACUUCGCAUCCAAUAAAUCUAUUAAAGCAUCAAUGAUGUAUCAAAAAGGAGAUUUUAUUUAUUCUCAGAAUCCCACUUACAAAGUCCUAGUCCUCCCAUAUGCUGGAUGCGAUGUCAAAAUGGUUGUUGUGCUUCCCAAUGAAGUUGGUGGUUUAUCUUCCGUUGAAGAAGAGUUGUUUGAGGAUGGCAUUGGAGAGCGAAAUAUUCAAAGUUGGGUUACACUACGUACAACUAAAACAGAGGUUUUUCUUCCAAAGUUUAAAUUUUCACAUGGUUGUGAUCUAGUGAGCACUCUGGAAAGCUUGGGAAUUGUUGAUUUGUUUUCAUGCGGUAAAGCAGAUUUGAGCGGAGUUAGUGGAAAAAAAGAUUUGUAUGUUUCAUCAGCUGUACAUAAAGCGUUUGUAGAUGUGAAUGAAGAAGGGACAGAAGCUGCUGCUGCAACAGCUAUGGUGGCCAAUUUAAGAUGUGCCAUGAGGUUUCCAGUCUUUAAGGCUGAUCAUCCGUUUAUGUUCAUUUUGUAUGAUAAAUCGUCUCAUACUGUGUUAUUUAUGGGUAGGGUGUAUAAGCCAGAGGUUUAAUUAAGUAUUUCUUGUUAGUUGUUUUCGAGUCAAGAGUUUUCCAUUUACUGUUAAUUUUGGACCAUGUCUUGUACUAUAUUGAAUUUGUUAACAUAAUUUAAAAUAUGAACUAUGAAAUAUAAAAUAUAGCAUAGAUUACAUUAAUAUACGCAUGUAAUUUUAUACACCUGUAAUUUUAUACACUUUUGAUUUUAGAAUUGUAUCUAGUUUUUAUAGCAUGAUCUUUUAACUGCA